ACCAAUGGCUGUCGACCUAAUUGUCGGAUUCGCUGCCAAGGAUCCAGGAUCCAAAUUGGAGAUCGGGAAUUCAUUUCUGCUUCAGAAGCCCUACAGGCAUACAUGGACCAAUACACUGGCCUGAAGCCCAAGGGAGAUAAGUAUGACAUGAACGUGACAGAUUUACUAGAUCCCAAGUCUGUGUUGCACCUGACAGCUGAACGGUCCCUCAAGACUGGGGUGCGAGCUACACCCACAGAACUCAAGCUAGCCCAAUCAAAGGACUCCAUUAAUAACUCCUAUGACAGAAUGAACAAAUCCAGUGCCUUGAGGGCAGAAGCUGAGGAUGCUUUGAACCGGUCUGGAAAGCUUUUGAAUAGACUAGCCAAGGAUGAAAAGGAGCCAGCUGUUGCUGCAGCCAGUGAUGUCGGCAGCAUGUCCACUGAUGUGCUGUUGACCAUGAAUCCAGUGGGUGGUUACAGCAAGGAAUAUACAGCAGCACUGGCUGCUGCUACAGAGGCUGAAGAGCCCAAGAGGCACGGCCACGUAUACUCGUACAGGACUGCACGCACACGUUCAAGGUCCCUAAGCAGAGAAAGGCCUAGUACAGGUUCUGAAGUUCAACCUGAAACUAAGAAGGACUUGAACACAAAUAGACCUCCUUCUAGUUAUCGGCCGCCAGUCAGUGGGAGUGGUCGCCAGAAGGAGAGGAGUCGCUCUGUGUCACCGUCCUCGUUUAGACAGCAUGACCGUCUUUUUGGUAAUCUGAAAAGUGCCCCUGAAAAUAGACUAGACUCUAAUACAUCCAAACAUAAAGCUCCCAGUUGGAUUGAGGCCUUGGAUAUUUCUAAUCCUAGUGACAAUUUAUGGUCAAAGCGUGACCUCAUUGCAGGUCGCCCUCCACCUAGUUGGGUACAAGGCCUUGAUGGGUCAGACAUCAACAGUUUGGUAUCAGGUGUGUCCAAUAACCAGACAGACAUCAAUAAUCUGUUAGCUCCUAAUAUGGACAUGUCAGGACUCGGCAACUCCACGUUGUCAAAUCCGCCCGGUCUUUCAUUUAAAGAUCUGAUGGUGACUCCCACUAAGGGUAAAACGGUGAACUUUGAUUUGUCCUCAAACAAUUACACGACAGGGACAUUACCUGGAGAGAAGUUUGAAAUUGCUAGUAAAUUGCCUAGAGAAGUAUUAGAGAGUGGAAACACUAAACUAGACAGUAGUGAUGCACUGGACCGAUAUCUAGAGGGGUUAGGUUGUGGACCCAAGCCCUCAACCUCUUCUGGUGUGACUGGCAUCCAGUCAGACAGCCAGUAUGAUGCACCAAGGUGUUCCAGUCUAGAUACUACAGCAUUAUUAAAUGGGUUGUCUGCCCCUACCAAGAGUGAUAUUACUGGGGCAAGUCCUAUUUCACGGAAUGGAAAAUCUCCUGCGGGAAGCCCCAGCAGACCAAGGCGAUCUCGAUCAAGACCACAAACUCCGGACACAGACCUGGUGUUAGAUGGUGAUCGGCCCUGGGAAAAACCACUGGCAUCAUUUAAGGCCCCAGUUUAUAUGUCUGAAGAAGAAUCAGGAGUCCAGCCAGGAGAUUCUUCAGCAAAGUGUGAGACCCUAACGGGUCGACCACAGCCAGGGAGUCUUGAGACACUGAAGAACAUGCUUUUUAAGUUACAAGCUGAAGCCUCGGAGGAAACGUCUAACCGUGAAAAAAUAGCUCAAAUCAUUGCCGAGUCAAGGAAGGAACUAAAUGCAAGUUCUAGCUCCCUACAACUUGAGGAGGAGAUACCUGCCCUUAAAGGUUACAAUUAUCAAGACGAACCUGGAGGCCAGUCCUUGGAAAAAGCUAUGGUUCAUCUAGGAAGGUUAAAAAACCUGGUGGAAGUGGGGAAAGAGGCACGUAGUCGAUCUGCCUCCAGGGACCGCAGUAUGUCACGCAGUAGAAGUGUCUCGCCUCUACGACCACUCUCUCAGCCUGUUCUUAGCUAGGACAGCGUUGGCAUAUUGGGUGACAUUUAGCACACUGUUUCUGUUAUGGACAAACUCCUCUGUGCAUCACCAAGGGAUGUGGUUCUGCAGGAAUUAUUGAGGAUUUAAAGUUUCGACUGUUGUAGAAAUUCAUUAUCACAUCAUUUCAAAAGACCUGCCCAGUGAUUCUUAAUGAAAUGUGGUGAUACAUGUACUUCAAAAAUAAAAAUCCUCAGCCAGGACAUAACAAUGUCCAACACUGAUAUCAAAAUAAGCUUUAACUUCAGAGUGUCAUUGAAACCAGCAUUUCAGAAAUAUUUAGAAUAUUAUUUUUCUAACAUAAUAUUUAAGAGUAAAAGUUCUAGAUACAUUAUUAGAAAAAAAAUCACUGAAGUGUACAAACUAACGUAGUGCUGUCCAUGUCUUUGUGUUAAAGCUUUGUUAAAAUCUGAUUUAGUUUUGUUUGUCACUAAUUGCAACCUAUCAGACUACCUCUUAGAUGUGGCCGUUUGAAUUGGUGUUUUUUGUGAUGUAGUGCGUGAAUCUUAGAGCAAAGUUUUGGGGUUUUGUCAAUUAUCCUCAAUGUCAGUCUUGAUUGCUGCUAUUUCAGAUCCACCUGACCCAUUAAUGUACACCAUUGUUAUUGCUCCUAACCACAGAAACUCAAUCAAAUAACAUGUCUGGUAAAUUAAGUUUUGGGGAGAAAAACAGCAACUGAAAGGUCAAUGGAAAUUAAAUGCCAAAUAAUGUUGAUAAUGUCGGCACCAGCAUAAACGAUAUCAUAUCUGGACUUAAAGCAGAGGUUUUAUUGACAUUUUGGAAUGAAAAAAUCCCUGUUAUUCUCUGCAUUAAAUAGUAACUGAUCAAUAGAAAUGAGUUGUACACAAUACUGUGGAACCCAUCAAAGGACCCAUCAAUAGUCAUAUAACCUGAUAAAUAAUUUCACAGGUCUUGUUUUGUAAUAAAAUGAUUAUUAUUUACUGAAAUAAUGACUGAUCACUCCAUAAUUAGCAAUUCAGAUUGUGGUGUUCUUUAUCACAUGAUUGUUUCAACGAUGCCGAGUAACACAAUUACCUGGUAAAUCUCAUUUGCAUUUAAUUUAUUAACAUAUAAAUAAGUCAGCAAAGAUUAUGUUUAUGAUUUUGAAUGAAAUUUAGUCAAUGUUCAUGUGCAGCUGCCUUCAUCCUUCCUUACAAUUACAUCCCAGAAUUUCUAGAUUGUCUAGCAGCAUGGGGACAGGGCACCCGGCCAAGAGUGGAGAGGGAGACAAACCCAUAAUCCACAGAGGCUCAAGUUCUCUUCACUUUGUUGUACAAUGUAAAAAUGUGAGAGUUUUGCUACAAGUAGGCGAUGAAUUGUGAUAAAUGAGAUGUCAGUGUUAAGAUUCCUAACAGUCACUUUGUAACCUCUGUCACAUUUGUUUGAAGUAACCAUCACAAUUGUACGGUAUGUGUGAUAUAAAUGAACAAAGCUAGAAAUUAUUUUGGAAUAUUCUAUGGAUCAUAAUUGUAUUGGGAUUAGUAUUUAUACUACAUUUUGAUAUGCUAUUUAUAACGGCACAUGUAGAACCGAUACAUUCACUCCACACUAACUGUGAUAUUACAUAAAGGAUCAUUCCUAGCCUCAGUAUUGUAUUUUUA